UGGUUGUCAUUCGGAGGUAUACACGGAUUAUGUGAUGGUGAGAAACGCGUGGCGAGUGGCAAUCACUGCCGAACAGUCGCAGUGAUUAUAUCGCGAAUGAAAUCAACGUGACGUGUACUGUUGUAAAGGAUGAUUUUCUAGUGGGUGGUUAAAUCGCGGUGUCAACUAGUGACCACGGAUGACCAGCUGACAAUGUUUUGUCAUUAGCAUAAUUUAGUGCUUAGCGGGCCGUCGCGGUAAAUCAAGGAUGUUUAAAGCUGAGGAGUCUUCCAGAGACAGCUUCCUUCAGCAAACGAAGGCCGCUAGGGAAGAAAGGGCCCAUGAGAAAGACAGAGAGGUUGCUGUCACCUUAAUUCAGGCUUAUGUUAGGGGAUGGUUGACCCGUAAAAGAAUAUUAGAAGAGUUUGAUACAAAUUUUCUCAAUGAUGGUGGUACAGAAACAAGUGCAGAGUUAAAACCUGCUCUGUACAUGUAUAAGAUUAUUUCUAAAUUUUUGUAUGUAUAUAAGAAAGAAAGGGAUCAAGAAAGAAUGGAAAAGUUAUGUAGAUAUUUAGUAUUGACUCUAGAUUCAGAGUCUCCAGAAACUUCUUAUGUAGGAAUCGUAUUAAACAAAGAUCACUACAUAUCAUGGAUAUCACAGAUGAAAACAUUGUUGCUCUAUUGUUUGAAUGGCUUAGAGAAUCUUAAACCAGAAAGAAUAUCUGACCAUAAGUCCAUCCAUUUGAGAUUACAUACAUUAGUUAGUUUUACAUCACCAGGAACAUGGGCAAUUCAAAAAGUGGAAGGAAUGGAAAAGCUCAAAGCUGGCAUGAAUCAGCUUUGUGCAAACAUAAUGGGUCACCUAGUCAACAAUGGGUUCUAUCCCAUUAUGCAAGCUUUUCUAAUAAAAGGAUUAGGUAGAGUGGAUAUUGCUUUAAAACCAAUUGCACUUUCAGCUGCAGUCACAUUGGCACUAAGACCACUGAUCUCAUCCCAGAUGUCUGAUAAAUUGGUGUCACUGUUUUUAAUUAAUGUUUUCAGUGUACCUGGAUUGGUCUAUCAUUUAAAUAGUAUAUCAUCAGUAUGUAUAUCAUCAUUUAUUGCAAACAAUUUAUUUGCAAGAAGCCUGGAAUUGUUGAACUCAGAGCAAAAUUUAAGAAUAGUAUUUAAUGCUCUGGAAGGUAGUUUUGCACUGUGUUUGCUAGCCAACUUGAUACAGAUGGCUAAUAUUGAAAGAGAUGAAGUAUUGAAAGAGUUAUACUUCCCUUCUUUUACGUUUGUUGUAACAAAAAUGUUGGAAGCAUGUCAGCAAUAUGUAGUUGCCAAACAAAGUAAUUUAACACAUUGGCAUCCUAUUCUUGGGUGGCUUGCACAAAAGGUUGAUACACAUUUACAAGAACCUAUCCCAUUUGUGAAAUCACAAUUAGCCUGUCUGUGGACAGGAAGGAUAGUUUCACAAUUAAUUGGUCAACCUUUAACAGAACUUAUUGAAAAAGAGAUACCUCCACCAAUAGAACAACAGAGUACAUCUGUUGGUACCAACAUUUUUAGAAGGGCGUUUUUGGAAGCACGUACAAAUAGAAAUAAUAACACCAAAAAUUAUAGAAAAUUGGGAAGUCCAGAAACCACUAGAAUAGCCCUAAUCUGUUCUCUUUAUCAAAUUGCUUUGCAUACACUUACACAAAUGAAGAUGGAAAUAUUAACUGGUUUAUGCUAUCAAGAUAAAAUUCUAUACCACAUGUAUUUAUUUUUGGGAACACUGGGUCCACAUUGUGGUUUGAAAGCAUUCUUGGACCAUUUAGCUGCUAAUACAAAGUGUACAGCACCCGAAUUUCAAAUGUUGAUAUUAUUUUCCGAUUGUAUGACGCAUUACGUUACAAUUUUAGACGAUAUGGAAAUGUACGAACAGCAAGAUCCGUUCAAGCUAAGCGACUUUGUAACGAUAUCGUAUUUUUUAAACCAAUUUUUAUACAAGGCAGUGCUUAAUAACUUGUUUGACGUGAAAUCGGUUCCUAAUAAUCCUCUGUUCACCUCUCUGCAUACUCUUUUAAUGGCAAUCUAUCGGCGAGACUGUAGGCGGACUUUCUGUCCGGAAGGGCACUGGUUAGCGAAGUUAAUUCGAGUGUCCGGUUUUCUGGCAGAUUUGGAGAAAGGUAGACGAGGCGCAGCUCUUCUCCUCUCUAAAAUGCCUCACGUUAUUCCUCAUUCGGAACGCGUAGUGCUCUUUCGUAAACACGUUGCAAACGAGAAGGCAGUUUUGGGUUUGACGGAAAGUGCUUGCAACAGUACCCCGACAACGCUUAUAGUUGUUCACAGGACACGUAUAGUGGAGGAUGGUUAUCGUCAACUCGCGAUGUUACCCUCCCAGGCGUUAAAAGGCGUGAUAAGAGUUCGUUUCGUCAACGAACAGGGUCUAGCCGAGGCUGGCAUCGACCAAGACGGAGUGUUUAAAGAGUUUUUAGAGGAGACAAUAAAGAAAGUUUUCGAUCCAUCGUUGAAUUUAUUUAAAGUCACUACUGAGAAUCGACUUUAUCCAUCCCCAACAUCCUCUAUGCAAGAUAAUCAUUUGCAACUGUUCGAAUUUGUUGGUCGUAUGUUGGGCAAAGCGGUGUACGAAGGUAUUGUUGUAGAUGUACCUUUCGCAUCCUUCUUCGUUUCCCAAUUUUCUGGGCAAACUGGGGGUGCAUUGUAUAGCUGGUUGGACGAGUUAGCUUCUCUAGAUCGAGAUUUAUAUCGAAGUCUUACCCUUGUAAAGCACUAUAAAGGCGAUGUUAGACAAUUAGAGUUAACCUUCUCCCUUGAUGAAGACGUUCUAGGCAAAUUAGUUACGCACGAACUGGUUCCCGGAGGACGAGCGGUGCCGGUCACCAACGAAAAUAAAAUCAACUAUAUACAUUUAAUGGCCCAUUUCAGAAUGCACAUGCAAAUAAAAGAUCAAACAGCCGCCUUUAUUAAAGGAUUCCGUUCUAUAAUCAAUCCCGAAUGGUUGGCAUUGUUUUCAACCCCAGAAUUGCAAAGAUUAAUUUCGGGUGAUAAUGUUCCAUUAGAUCUACGGGACUUGAGAAGACACACGCAAUACUAUGGUGGCUUUCACGAUAGCCAUCGUGUAGUGUGUUGGUUAUGGGAUAUAUUGGAAAAAGAUUUUUCUGAAGAGGAAAGAGGCUUAUUUUUGAAGUUUGUCACGAGCUGCUCGAAAUCACCAUUGUUGGGUUUCGCGCAUCUAGAACCACCUUUUUCAAUUCGUUGCGUUGAAGUCGGCGACGACGAGGAUACGGGUGAUACAAUCGGUAGCGUAAUAAGGGGAUUUUUUACAAUUCGUAAGAAAGAUCCGCAGAACCGUUUACCUACGUCGUCUACGUGUUUUAACCUCCUUAAAUUACCAAAUUACCAAAAGAAAAGUACCUUACGGGAGAAGCUGCGUUACGCUGUCACCAGCAAUACAGGCUUCGAACUUUCGUAAUUCACAAUCGAUAUACAAUAAUUACGAUGAACACCGUCGCUCAAAGUAACCUAACGAAAAACAAAUUUCUACAAAGUGAUUGUGUGGUGCCUGACCGCCGCGAUCCAAAUUGUCUGGCGAGAUGUUUCUAGUAAUUAUAUCAUGGACUUUAAAUCGAAUAAAACGAAAACCGAAUAUACUACCUUUAAAAAAGAAAAAAAAAGAGAAAAAAAGAAAUCAAGAAAAACGAAACUAUCGAAAUUAAGUCGAAGACUCGCACAAAUUU